AUGGCAUCAUCACGGCGGCUUGUGCUGCACCUGCCUGCGGGGAGCUGCCUUCUCUUCCUCCUCCUCUUCCUUUGUGUCGAGUUCGGGGGAGGCCAAAAGAAGAAGGAGAAUCUUUUAGCUGAGAAAGUGGAACAACUUAUGGAAUGGAGUUCAAGGCGCUCAGUCAUCCGCAUGAAUGGAGACAAAUUCAGAAGGUUUGUGAAGGCCCCACCCCGCAACUAUUCAGUGAUUGUGAUGUUUACUGCUCUCCAGCCACAGAGGCAAUGCUCCGUUUGCAGGCAAGCCAAUGAAGAAUACCAAGUCCUGGCUAACUCAUGGCGAUACUCUUCAGCAUUUUCAAACAAGCUUUUCUUUACUAUAGUUGAUUAUGAUGAGGGAGCAGAUGUUUUUCAGCAGCUCAAUAUGAACUCUGCCCCAACGUUCAUGCAUUUCCCUCCAAAAGGUAAGCCCAAGAGAGCUGACACGUUUGACCUGCAGAGAAUUGGAUUCGCAGCAGAACAGUUAGCUAAGUGGAUAGCUGACAGAACUGAUGUUCAUAUUAGAGUAUUCCGGCCCCCAAACUAUUCAGGCACUAUUGCUUUGGCCCUUCUGGUUUCACUGGUCGGUGGUUUGCUCUACUUGCGGAGGAAUAACUUGGAGUUCAUCUACAACAAGACUGGCUGGGCAAUGGCAGCAUUGUGUGUUGUGUUCGCAAUGACUUCUGGCCAAAUGUGGAAUCAUAUUCGUGGCCCCCCGUAUGCUCAUAAAAAUCCUCAGAAUGGGCAAGUGAGUUACAUACAUGGAAGCAGCCAGGCACAGUUUGUGGCCGAAUCUCACAUUAUACUACUCCUGAAUGCUGCUAUCACCAUGGGGAUGGUUCUUUUGAAUGAAGCUGCCACCUCCAAAGGGGAUGUUGGGAAACGGAGAAUCAUAUGCCUGGUGGGCCUGGGGCUGGUCGUUUUCUUCUUCAGCUUCCUGCUGUCAAUAUUCCGCUCCAAGUACCAUGGCUAUCCAUACAGCUUCUUAAUUAAGUGAAUUCGCAUAAGGCUAAUGUUUACUACGAAGAUAAGCA